AUGGGAUCCGCCAAACAGCCCCAAGGCUCCUCCAAGAAGGGGUCAAAGAGCGCUCUUGAGCGCCAUGAGAAAAGCUCCCGCUCCACUUCCGUCGCUUCGGUUCGUGGAAGCCCCAAGUCUCCUCCAACCCCGGGUACUCCGGCUUCAAAGGCUUCGACUCGCAAGAGGAGCAGCGCCAAGAAGAACUGGAACCACUCGCAUUUGCCUCCUCUCCCUGAGGAUCGCGGUCGCAAUGGCCGCCAGGAGGGCCGCAAUUUGAUUACCUGGACCCGACCCCGCAUGGCAGAGAAGCUUCUUCUGCAUAUCCAGUAUGAGUGCUCUCGACACAAGAUCGAGCUUCCGUGGGAUGCCAUCUCUCAUCGGCUCCACCCUGGAUCGUCUGGCGGCGCUGUUCUUCAGCAUAUGAACCGUCUGCGCCACACUCUCGUGGCCGAAGGCCAUCUUGUUCCUCCUAUCUGCCAGAAGCCUGGCUCGCGCGUCAGAGUUGACCCUUCCAUUCGAGGCUAUGUACGUGCCAACAUGGAGGGCCAGGAUUGCGUCACCACUCGGCCCGUCCCCUUCAACGAGCCCAUGGAUGACCGCAGGUUCAACAUCCCGGACACCUUUGACGAUACAACCAUUCCGGGCUCGGUCAAGCGGAAGCAGCAGGGAGGAGAGGGCCUUGGUCGCCAGGGCCAGGGCAAGGGCAAGAAGAAGACGACCAAGUCCAAGGCCGUCAUCAAGACCGAGUCUCCUGAUCCUGCUGAUCUCGACGGUGACGCAGAUUACGACCCUUCGGCCACCAAAUCGACCACCAGCCGCCGCCGAUCGUCGCGUGCCAGGUCCACCUUCAGCUACCGUGAUCCCAGUCCUUCUGAUCAGGACGAGGAGCCAAUGACCGAUGCUGAUGCCGACGCUCAGGAGAUCAGCAGCAGCCAGGGAGACUCGGACUCCGAGGACAAGGGUCAUCCAGCCUCGUACCCUUCCUCCAGCGAGGGCAAUUACGAUGCGGAUGAAGACGAUGAGAACGGUCAUGAUGGCAACGCCGGCUCUGGUGACAGUGGUCUCGGUGAUGAUGAAGAUGGCUACGAUGACGGCUACGAGCAAGACGAUUCGGCUCAGUACGAUGAUGAACAGGAUGAGGGAUAUGCUGGUGAUUACACUGGCGGCUACCAGAGCCACUCGGGCGAGAUUGGUGGAGUCGAGCAGGAGGAGCUCAAGAUCAAGUCGGAGACCUCUUCUCCUGGUUCUGUUCGCGGCAUCCAGGCAGCCCCCGUCCCUGAAACCCCUCGGGCCCUCGAAGCCGCCCAAACCCCCGAGCACACUCCGCGUGGACUGGCCCGCCAGUACUCUCAAUCUCCUCUCACGGCCCGAGCCCAGCGCUCUCGCCAGGUCUCUCAGGUUCCGCAGUCUCCCUACCUCGCCCAGUCGCCCCACAUGCCUCAGUACUUUCCAAAUACGCAGGGUCCCAACAUGAACAUGGCCCCCUUUGGCCGGCAUCACGGUUUCGGUCCCAACCAGCUGAGCACGGAUGGAACUCUCGACGGUCACCAGGGCGCCAAGCUGGGCCAAGGUGAUUUCGCGUCCUUCCAUUAUGAGCCGGUGGGAUUUGCUUCGACUGAGGAUUACAUGGAAGUCCCGUCUGUCCCGAACCAAUGGGAGAACAUAGCUGACCAUGCAUCGACCCCGUAG